UUUAUUAUAUAAUAAUACAGACCAUAUUUUCGCGUCAAACAUUUGACGAUCCUACGUCAGGUGAACAAAAUGAUCGGCAAUGGUUAAAUAAGGGGCCUUCUGAAUAAAUUAUUUUAAAUCAAAAGAAAUAAAAUAUAAUGCACCAAGACAAUAUUCCCCGAGAUGGCGGUAUUCAAGAAAAUAACAACGAAAGAAGAAAUGGUUAUAACCUUAAUCGACGGCAUUAUUAUGCUAUUUCUUUAAUUUUUGUCAUUUUGGCAGUUACGUAUCAAUUUUCACCAACAUCUGAGACGAUUGUAUUCACUUUUGAAGAAUUUAUUAAAUACGCUGAGAAAUUUGGUUAUGCUUUCGAUAUAUUUAAAUUACCAUCAAACGAAGAAAUAAACCAAAAUAUUGUAAAUUGUACUAGUUUAGCUCUUAGAAUUGAACAGAGUGUAGCAUUUAAUGAUACUGGACCUGAAUUAGUAAUGAAUCUUAAUGAUUUUAGCUCGAAAUUGGAAAUUGCGAAAUCUUCUUAUACAAAAAUAUUGGAUCCCAAUCUUCAAAAUUCUAUUAAGGGAUCAAUAGAAGCUUUAGACAAUUUUCUUUCUUCCGUAGAAGAAGCUUACGAAGCUACAUCAACGGCAGAAUCAUUUCGUAGUGGUACUCAUAAACAAGUCAUUAAGGCAAAAGAUGAAGUACAAAGAUUUAUUGAAAAUAUCAAUAACCCAAGUUAUUCGAAACGAAUUCGUGAUCUCAUUGAUUCGGUAACUGAUACUACAAAAGUGAAUGCUUUAAAAGUUGAUAAUAAAAUAGCCACAGAAAUCGAAUCUUUCUUAACGUAUUUAGAUGAUGAUUUAAAUAGGGUUAAGAGUAUUUUAUUAAAAUUUAAAGAAAAUCUGGGAAAACACAAAAAUUUUCUACGUCAACUUGAAGCUGGCAUAGAACCUAUAAAACAACUCAAAUGGAACGAACAUGAGAUCAAUCAAGUUAGAGAAUUAUUAAAUAUGAUAAAAGAAAAUCAUAAAAACUUUAAAUCAAGAGUAAAUCAAUAAUAUGUGUAUCAAUAAUCUGUUUUUUUUUUUAAUUAAAGAAAAAUUUCUUAUUUCUGUCCAAAAUUUUUGGGCGGAGUUAUUCAGUGCUUAGUUUAUGCACCUGCACGUGAUAAAGUACGUCAACAUCUGUACCCCAUAUAGGUGCACAAAUACUGGUUACGCGUU